GUUGUUGACAAAGCCAAAACGCUGCGGCAGACCCUCUGCAACACUGAUAUCUCUGCCCGCAAGUUAGUUCGCCUGUCCGAGCGAAUUGCUGACUCCGGGAUAUCCUUCAGUCCUGACCCCCGCAUCCGCGAGGCCGAAGAUCCGUCAGGAUGUCAGGCCCGGGUGUGCCAGUGAGCCCUCCACCAGCAGCACCGCCAGUCAAGCGCAAGAAGCCGACAGGCCGGGUUGUCGACCGCACAGAAACAGAUGACCUCGAUGAAGACCGUAAGCACAGCACAAGAGAGGAUGACAGGCGAGAGGUGACGAGAUCUUGCUUGCCUUGCCUCUGGUCUGUGUUGCUGUUGCCUGCCACCUGUGUGUCAGUCGCUUUGAUGCUGCGAGGCUAUGGGUGCGUGGAGGAGGCUGUGCCUGCGGAACCGGUCUUGGCUCUGCGACAGAUAGCCGUGCAGUUCAUGGAACAGCUGGUAAGGAGGAGAGACCAGUCUGCCAUGGUGGGUGCCGUGCCCGCUUGACUCGUGCCGCUCGCUUCCUGUGUGCUUCCAGACGGCCAAGUGUGAGCGGCUGGCCAUCCACCUCAAUGACCGCAGCGUCACCCCUGCCCACCUCUCCCACAUACUGCGCACCGACCCACCCAAGCGCAAGCGAGCCGCCGACCUCUCAGCCACCAUGCGAGACCUCUACCAGGUCGGGCAGAUGAGCGACCUCGCCGUCCCCGCCCCGCCACCAAGAGCAUUUCGCCGUCAGUUCGCGUCGUUCAUGCCGCCUCCGCCGAAGAAUGAGAAGAAGCAGAGACCCAAGCCGAAGAAGAGACCCCCCGGACCCCCCAGACCUCCCGGGCCGCCUGGACCACCCCUUCCGAGGCCGCCAGGGACCAUGGAAGUGUUGGGCGGUUUCUGACGCUGGGGCGUUCUGGGCGUGCGUGCGGUGGGAUGGCGGUUCUUGUUAUGCGAUGAUUGGGGGUUUGUGAAUAGCUAGAGAGGUUCUGGUUUUUCCUGUAGCUUGGCGCUGCCUUGUUCCGUGCUUGCUCCUCCCCCUGGCCGACAUGUGGAUUCGAAUGUCCGUAGUGUGACGUUCGUGUCGUCGUGUCGGUGAGGGCGGAUGAGGCAAUGCAUCAACACAGCACAGACAGCGCAGCAUGAGGUGUGCCAUGCCAUGUUCCUGCUUUGAUAGGAUGGAUUGAUCUGCAUGCGGACAGCCAGUAAUGUCUCGUAUGUCCCCUUGCGCACUACGUAUCAGCAUAAAGCCCACCCACCCUAUCUACCCAUACCAUUCA